GAAAGAAUAAAAGGAAAGAAGAUUUUCUCUAUGUAUAUAAAGAUGGCUACGUUAGCAAACGGACAGGCUGACAAUACGAGCCUCAGUAACAACAGUCACGGCAGCCCGGGCAGUAACGGGCACAUGAACGGAUUAAACCAUAGCCCGGGGAACCCGUCUACCAUUCCCAUGAAGGACCAUGAUGCCAUCAAGCUGUUCAUUGGGCAGAUCCCCCGAAACCUGGACGAGAAAGACCUCAAGCCCCUCUUCGAGGAGUUUGGCAAGAUCUACGAGCUGACGGUUCUGAAGGACAGGUUCACUGGCAUGCACAAAGGCUGUGCCUUCCUCACAUACUGCGAGCGGGAGUCAGCCCUGAAGGCCCAGAGUGCAUUGCAUGAACAAAAGACGUUGCCCGGGAUGAACAGACCCAUCCAGGUGAAGCCUGCGGACAGCGAGAGCCGAGGAGGUCAUGACUAUGGACGUGAAAGGAGGACGAGGGAAGUAAAUAGCUGGCUAUAUAGAUGGUGUCAAAGAACAGGAUUUGUUUUUCUGGAUCAUUGCCAUGGAAACCAGAAAGAAGACAGAAAACUCUUUGUUGGCAUGCUCAACAAGCAACAAUCUGAGGAUGAUGUUCGCCGGCUCUUUGAGGCCUUCGGAAACAUUGAAGAAUGUACGAUCCUUCGGGGGCCAGAUGGCAACAGCAAAGGGUGUGCCUUUGUGAAAUACUCCUCCCAUGCUGAGGCCCAAGCUGCCAUUAAUGCCUUGCAUGGCAGCCAGACCAUGCCGGGAGCCUCGUCUAGCCUGGUCGUCAAGUUUGCAGACACGGACAAGGAGCGCACAAUGAGACGGAUGCAGCAAAUGGCGGGCCAGAUGGGCAUGUUCAACCCUAUGGCCAUCCAGUUUGGGGCAUAUGGAGCCUAUGCACAGGCACUGAUGCAGCAGCAGGCGGCCAUCAUGGCAUCCGUAGCACAAGGAGGCUACCUGAACCCCAUGGCAGCCUUCGCCGCAGCCCAGAUGCAGCAGAUGGCAGCACUCAACAUGAAUGGCCUCGCAGCUGCCCCCAUGACCCCAACCUCAGGUGGUAGUACCCCUCCGGGCAUCACUGCACCAGCUGUGCCUAGCAUUCCAUCCCCCAUCGGGGUGAACGGAUUCACUGGCCUUCCCCCACAAGCUAAUGGGCAGCCUGCAGCUGAAGCCGUGUUUGCCAAUGGAAUCCACCCCUACCCAGCACAGAGCCCCACGGCGGCCGACCCCCUGCAGCAGGCCUACGCAGGAGUGCAGCAGUAUGCAGGUCCCGCUUAUCCUGCUGCGUAUGGUCAGAUAAGCCAAGCGUUCCCUCAGCCGCCUCCAAUGAUCCCACAGCAACAGAGAGAAGGGCCAGAGGGCUGUAACCUGUUCAUCUACCAUCUGCCCCAGGAGUUUGGGGAUGCUGAGCUGAUGCAGAUGUUCCUCCCUUUCGUGUUUCCCCCCACCCCGGGUGGAGUCGCGGACGGCGGCGUGGACGGCCCCGAGGCGGCCCCGUGGAAACCCCGGCCCUCGGUCUCCCCGUGUCCCCGCAGGCUUCGUGAGCUUCGACAACCCGGCCAGCGCGCAGACGGCCAUCCAGGCCAUGAACGGCUUCCAGAUCGGCAUGAAGCGGCUCAAGGUGCAGCUCAAGCGGCCGAAAGACGCCAAUCGCCCCUACUGAGCGCCGGCGGGAGCGUCCCCCGGGGGAAACCAGGACUCGCACAGGGCCAGUCAAAUCCACCACAGUCUCGCGCUGAGCUAGGAAUAAAGUUCACGUAAUCACAUGAGAGUGGAGAAUACAGUCCCCCAUCCGGCAGGAUGCUGAAUGGGCUACAUUAAAAAAAAAACAAACCUAUAUAUAUAUACAUAUAUAAAUGAGAACUGUUGGAUGACACCUUUGACAUAUCAGCCAAUAUCAAUAUCAAUCAAGCUGAAGACUCCAGACACUCUCUCUGACUGUAACAUUUCUUCAAGAAAAGGAUCGCGUCUAUGGAGUUCAGAAGAUAUGUACUUGGGAAAAAAAAUAUAUGACUUAAAGAAGAUGAUGAAGAAGAAAAAUAAACAAACAAACAUUAACACACACAAAAGGAAACUAACUUUAAAAAAUAAAAUAAAAAUAGACCAGACAAGGAGAAUGAAAGGCCAGAAAUUGGGAAGAGACGCUGGUUAUGGAUCUACGGGCUUUUUCUGCCAAUGGCGCCUCAUUGGGUGAGGCAGGCUGGAUGCCAGCCAUUGGGCAAGGCGGGGCAUGGUCCCCGAGUGUGGCCAAAAUGGUGGCCACCGAGCAUCUGUAUCUGUCAUUCCUUUAGCUAUUUAGGGACCAAAGGACCAAACUUUUUAUUGCAGACGUGUAGCUCUAUGUCAAAUAGAGGGGGAGUAGGGGGGGAAACAAGCCUCCUUCCUGCCUCAGGGCUGUUCCCAUAGCAGCCAAGAGCGAUUCUAUGAAAUAUGUAAUAAAAAAAAAUACAGGAAAAAAAAACAAAAAAAACAUAAAAAAGAAAAAAAAGAAAAAAAUCUGCUUCAAUGCUUUUAAACUGGCAAGAUAAUAGUUCUUUGAUACUAUGAGAGGCGCUUUGAGUCUAUGAACCUUUCCUAUGGUUUUCUGUAUCAUACAUAUGGAUGGAGCUUUUAAGACAAGCAAGAUGGAUAUUUGGGGAAAGCGAAAUUAAAAAAAAAAAUCUAUACCUUGAGAUGGGAGGAAACCAAGUAGGGAAAUAAAUAAGGGAUAUAUACAAGAAAAGAUAGUUGUUGUGAAAAGUCUGUAAAUGCUUCUAACUCUUCCCCCACCCCUUUUAAAAUCCUAAUAGUUGUACAGAAUUUAAAAAAAAGAAAAGUUUAAAAUACCUAUAUAAUAGAAGAAAAAUUAGAGGAAAGAAAAAAAGCAAAAAAACAAAAACAAAAAAAAAACUAUAGAAGUUAGCGUUCCUGCUAAAAAUCCAAGAUGUUGUAGAACUGUAACUUUUGUAGAGUUUAGACUGAGCAUCAAUUCCCCCCCCUUCUCUCUGCCGAUCGCUGUUGGACGCUGUUAUUUGCUGAGGGGGACCCUGGGCCACUCCUUUCCGGAACUGCGAGCAUUCCAGCUCUGUCCAGCCGACGCAUUGAAAGGCGCUCGGUUGUCACUGACCCUACGACCAGACGGAUGGACAGAGGCCGCCAGGUGGCAGGGGGAGGCGACGCAAGGAAGUCCGGGUUGUCUCUGUCUCCAACCCUGUCCUCACCUAGAGACCCACAGCUAUAGACUAAAUGCUUCGCUCCCCCAAGGAGCUGCUCUCUCCGCAAGCCCUAACCACCUUCUGCUUCAAUAGCUUCCAUGCUCGCUCUAGAGACUUUCAGGGCAAGGGAGAACUGGGAACUUUCAUCUUAAAACGACACAAACAAAAAACCUUAAAAAACAACAAAACAAAAAAAAAACAAAAAAAGAAAGAAAAACACAAUCUUUGAAGAAUUUCUGAAACUGUUUACAAGGAAUUUUGAAAAACAGGGAUGUUUAAAAUGAUGCCGGCUCUGUUUUUCUGUAAAUAAAUUUGCAUAUUUUGUAGGACUUUUAAUUGUAAUGAUAGAGAAAAAACAAGGAAAACUAUUUAAUGAAAGCACGAUAUUUAUCUUUGGUAAAUGACUUUAGAGCAGUUAAAAAAGACUGAUUAAAACUCAGAAUCAGAAAAAACACUGAAUUAUUUAAGAACACAUAUAUUUUAAAGUAUAUCAUAUUUAUUAUAAUUUAUUUCCACCUUUAGGAAGACUUGCUUUGGCACUCUGCCUUGACACUCUCCUUGCUUGAGUACAGGCCACCUGGCGUGUGGAGAGGGUUGGGGGGGUGGGGUGAGGAGAGGUUUCCUCUCCAGCUCCCUUGUUUUUUCUGUACUUUUCAUUUAGAAGAUCAAGUUUCUCCUAUUCCUCUCAGGCCUCUUUCCUUUCUAUUCAGUUGGUCUGUUGGUUUUGUUUUGUUUUUGUUUUUGCUUUCCUUUUCUUUCUCUCUCCUUUGGCUCCUCCUCUUUGGAAGUCCAGAUGUAAAAAAAACAGCUGCAGUUCGGUACAACUGCUCUUUUCACUCUCAAUUCCCUAAAACUCCUUGUAACCUUCUGUAACUAUUGGAUGACGCUUUCUCCAGCUUAGCCCUAAAUAAAGCACAGUUUAAAAAAAAUAAAUAAAACAAAACAGGA